UUCUACGGAUCUAUUUUUCUUUCUUCUGUUGUGGAUUUCUCAUCGCUAUCAACAAGAAACAAGAAAAAGAUGCUUCCAACGAAUUAUGAUAUUUCAUCUGUUCAGCCUACUGUUGCUGCUUCUGAAGAAAUCUCAGAUUUUGGUCAUCAGAGGGAGGAUACGGAAGAACCCCAUAGCUAUCAGGGAGUACAAAAGGUCAAGGAUAAACCAAUCUAUAUAGGUCAAAUACCUGACAAUGAUGCAACCAAGAGUGAUCGAUUAAUAUAUCUUGGUAAAUUUGACAAGGACGUACAUGCAGCCAGGGCUCAUGACUUGGUGGCUCUGAAACUUGGUGCAAAAACAAAUUUUCCGGAAAAUCAAUACAAGGGAGCAGUGGAGGCUAUGACUGAUAUGACACAAACGGAAGUUGUGGAUACUGUCAGAAGGUUAAGUUUCACUUUUUUCAAGUCAAUAUCCACUUAUCGUGGAGUCUACAGCAGAGAUUUACAUACUGGGAAAUGGGAAGCAAGUUUUGGUAAAGGCAGCGACGACGUCAGAUUCCUUGGAAUAUUCGACACAGAAGAUGCAGCAGCAAGGGCUUUUGAUGUUGAAAGUGUAAGGUUGAAAGGACACAACGCCAUUACUAAUUUUAAUAUCAAGUUUUAUAAUGUUGAUGCCAUUUUGCGUGGAGAAACCAAUGAAAAUGUAAUAUAUCAAUCAAAAGGCACUGGGGCAGUGGAAGCAAUGCCUUCUUUUGAAGAAGUGCUUCAGAACAUUAUUGCCAAUGGCACCUCAAAAAUACCAGAUGAUACAAGCAAUGUGAAAAGGGAAGGGGAGCAGGAACUUCAAAGGCCAAUAACGGGAAACGCUGAAGGACAGGAAAAUGUGGCAAUGGCUUGUGAAAGUAGUGAGGAUGAUGGUCAGGGAAGCUCAGCCUGCUGGUGUUUUCAGCAUGGAAGGACCGAUGCUUGUUAAUAGGAGAAAAGUUUAUCACCACAAAGAACAAGUUGAUGAUGUUACUGGAGGACUUCAGCAUUAAGGCUUUGAAUUAGUUGAUUCUCUGGAUUGGAGUUUUAAUAACUUUAUUUCAAUAUUGAACAGGUUUACCUUUCAAGUAAUUUGUUGACCGUUGCUGAAGUUAAACAUUGUUAGCACCGUAGUGUGCAAGACCUGGUGAGAGUUUGCAUGCAUUCUCUUUUUAUGUUUGCUUUGAACAUUAAUUAUAUACUUUCUCGUUUUAAAGUUAAUAUACCAAUCCUAGAGGGAGCA